AUGCUCCAUGGGCGCCGGCGCCGGCUGCUCAUGGUCAAUGUGCACGGGACGAGCCAGUUUGAGGACCUGGAGCUGCUAUGGAAGGCGAUGGAUGGGUUUUCGCCUGCUGGGGAGGCUGCGCUGGCGGUCGGCAACCACAUGCCUGGUAAAGACAGGCAGUGGUCAAGCGUUCGUUCAUCCGCCAUGUACGGUCUCCAUACCAUCGUCCGCAUCGUCGGCCUCAGACACAUCCGCGACACGCAGUGCGGCUUCAAGCUCCUCGCGCGUAGAGCUGCGCAACAAAUCUUCUCGUACUGGCACCUCACCACGUGGAUAUUCGACGUCGAGCUCCUGCUACUCGCCAAGGCACAAGGGACCCCAGCGGUGGAGGUCCCGAUUGAAUGGCACGAGGUGUCAGGCUCGAAGCCGCACGUAUUUUCGGACUCGCUGCAGAUGCUCCGCGACCUGUUUGUCCCCCGGGCGAAACUCGGAGCCGUGUUCGAGCGGAUCGGCGGAUGUAAGGUGGAGUGGCACUUAAAGGAGGGCGGCACGUUCGAGCCCGUGAACCACGUCGCGAAUGUGCGCGGACCCGUCCGGCAGCUCCUCGAUGAACGCCGCGUCACACCGGGCGUGCUCAGCGCACGCUGCAGCCGAAUCGCGACCAACCUCCUUGCACAACGGGACGAGGCACCGAUGCCGACCCACACAGGCAGGUCAAAGCGCAUCAAGAACCUCGCGCGCGCGAACGGCUACACAGGCAUCGUCACCGGCACGCGCACCACCGGGUCGCAGCUGAUGAGAUCACAUGACAGUGGCACGACGGGCAACGGCCCAGCUUCGGAGCCCGAAAAGGCGUAG